AUGGCGGAUGCUGUGGUUGAAUUUCUAUUGGAGAAUUUGAAGCAACUGCUACUCUACAACUCGGAUUUGAUAUAUGGAGUAAAGGGCCAAGUUGAUUCUCUAUACAGAGAGCUCAGUUUAAUGAAUGCAUUUCUCAAAGAUGCAAAAGAGAAACGUAACGAAUAUGAAUAUGUAAGAGAAUUAGUGAGACAAAUCAGAGAUGUAGCUUACGAAGCAGAAGACAUCAUUGACACAUUUGUAGUUAACUCAGCCAUGCAGAAAGAGAGAAGCGCCUUCAGCAGAAUUGUUCACGUAUUUGAUUACCCCACAAAGCUUCGAUCUGUUGCAAAAGAUAUCGAAUCCAUCAAGACAAAAGUGAAGGAGAUUUACGACAACAAGAUGUUUGGCAUUGAAGCUCUUUACACUGUCGAAUCUUCAAACAGAGCUUCUUCUUCAUCACAAAGAAGAAAACCCAUGGUUGAGGAAGACAAUGUUGUUGGUUUUGAUGAAGAGGCAAAAGAGAUAGUGAGUCGACUCACUAAUAUCUCCGAGUUGCUUGAAGUUGUCUCGAUUGUGGGUAUGGGUGGACUUGGGAAAACAACUCUUGCCAAGAAGGUGUUCUGUGAUCCCGCCAUUGAAUUUCACUUCUUUGUUCGUUCGUGGGUUUAUGUUUCUCAAGAAUACAACCGAAAGGAAUUACUUCUUGCCAUAUUAAGUUCAGUUGUUGAUUAUCCUUCUGAACAAAUGUAUAAACUGAAUGAGGAAAUGUUGGUCGAAGAAAUAUACAAACAUUUAAAUGGUCGAAGAUAUCUAGUUGUGCUCGAUGACGUGUGGACCCCAGAUGCAUGGAAUGAUCUUAAAAUGGCUUUUCCAAAUCAAAACUGUGGAAGUAGGAUCCUAUUAACUAGUCGUAACACAGAUGUGGCUUUAAUUGCAAACCCCGAUAGCCUCCCACAUCAUUUGAAAUUUCUGAAUGAUGAUGAAAGUUGGGAGCUACUUUCUACUAAAGUUUUCAGAAGAGGAAGUUGUCCAUUUGAGCUUGUUGAACUUGGUGAAACGAUUGCUAGAAAAUGCUACGGAUUACCUCUUGCGAUUGUGGUAGUUGCUGGGCUUUUAUUGAAGAAAGAUAAGACGCGUGAUUUGUGGAAAAAAGUUGCCGAAAGUGUUAGUUCGUAUGUUGCAAGAGAUCCGAGACAAUGCAUGGAUGUAUUAGCAUUAAGUUAUAAGCAUUUACCUGAUCAUUUGAAGGUGUGUUUCAUUUAUUUCGGUGCUUUUCCUGAAGAUUUCCCGAUACCCGUUUGGAAACUGUUAAAUUUAUGGGUGGCAGAAGGGUUUAUUCAACAGAAAGGUCAAGAUUGUUUGGAGGAUUUAGCGGAAGAUUAUUUGGAAGAUCUUGUUGAAAGGAAUCUUAUAUUAGUUGCUAAGAGGAGAUCAAACGGAAGGAUUAAAACAUGUCGUGUUCAUGAUAUGCUACGCGAUUUAUGCCUAAAAGAAGCAUCAGAAGAAAAGUUUUUGCAAGUAAUCAAAGGGCAUCAAAUUCUAGAUUCAAAUUCGCUAAUAAUCCCUUAUCACCGACGUCUUUGUGUUCAUUCACAUGUCAUGAACUUUAUUCACUCGAGACCUUGUGGACCCCACGUUCGUUCUUUUCUCUGUUUUCCUUGUGAGGAAAAGGAAUUAUCUCGAGAACAUACGUCCUUCAUCCAUGAAUCUUUUAAAUUGGUUCGAGUUAUAGACAUGAUGUCGAUAAACAUUUCCCGAUUCCCGAUUGAAAUCACCCAACUCGUUCAUCUUCGCUACAUCGCGCUUUUUGGCAAUUUUAAAGUUGUUCCUCCAUCGAUUUCAAAGUUAUGGAGUCUUCAAUCUUUAAUUGUUGAGACAACAUCGCGUGAUCUUGACAUUCAACUUGACAUAUGGAAAAUGUCGCAAUUUCGCCAUUUGCGAACGAGCGGGUCAAGCCGAUUACAUGGGCCGAAAGCGAAAACCCGGAUGGAUAACGAAGACCCGUUUGUACAAAGAAACAUACAAACCAUCUCCACGAUUUCACCCGAUAGUUGCACUGAAAACAUCUUAGCGAGAACUCCCAAUCUUAAAAAACUUGGAAUUCGUGGAAAACUCUCGUUACUCAUGGAGGAAAAGAGAUCCGGAAUUACUUGUACUCCAAGUUUGUUUGACAAUUUUGCUAAGCUUGAUAACCUUGAAAAAUUAAAAUUAUUAAACGACACUUUCCCACGUCCACCUCCUGAAGGUAAACUUCGGGGUCUUCCUUCACUCUACAAAUUCCCUCCUCAUUUAAACAAGUUGACUUUAUCAGACACGUUAUUGGAUUGGAAGCAUAUGUCUACGAUAGGGAUGUUGCCACAUCUUCAAGUGCUUAAACUAAAGGUGUAUGCAUUCAAAGGAGCUGAAUGGGAAGCUCUUGAUGGGGGGUUUCGGUUGCUUAAAGUGUUGCAAAUUGGGAAGACUGAUUUGGUUGUAUGGAAGGCUUCGUGUCAUCAUUUCCCAAGAUUAGAACAUGUUGUUAUUGAGCAAUGUAGCAACUUGUUGGGUAUUCCUGUUGGUUUGGCAGAUGUAUCUGCACUAAAGACCUUGGAGUUGUAUCAUACACCUUCUGCUGUAGAUUCUGCUCGGUUAAUUCAACAACAAAAGAAAAUGCAACAACAAAUGCAUGUCACAAGUCAUGGGUUUAAGCUGCUAAUUUAUCCUCCGGAAUAG